ACGAUCUUGGCAACGGAGCUUCCAAGCUAAGGCAAGAAACAGCAUGUAGCAGAACUUCCCAUCAAUUUCCCUCUUCAUUUAAUAAUCAAAGACCGAAACUUUCCGGGAAAUUUUUAUAAUACAAAAAAACGCAUCAAUCAUGGAGAAUUUUCCGUGAAAGUUUGAAGCCGUGAAAAUUCUGCUCGUUAUAUACGCCACGCCUCCAAUCAGAAGUCUCUCACCGUUUUCGAGCACAGUUUCUUCUUCCAUUGCCCCAUGCCAUAGACAGGGGUCGAAAAUUCUUUGACAUGGGUGUUGAGAAAACCGUGUUUCUUCUUGUCCUGAUCUAUGUAGUUGUCACAGACAGAUCUCCAUCGUUGAUCAAAAGAAUGUCGGAUCCAACAUCGUCAACAAGCCCUGUGUCAGAGGAGAGGGAGCUGCUUUCCAAUGAAGGUGGAGGACCUCAACAUGUCCAGUUUCUUACAGGUGUAAAUGACAAUUAUGACGGUGUCACUGUACAUUUGGAAGAUCCCAUGGAUGCAGAGGAUUUUGCCCUAAAGCUUCAGGCUUCAAUUCAAAGAUGGAGACAAGAGGGAAAGAAGGGGAUUUGGAUAAAGAUGCCCAUUGGUCUUGCCAAUCUUGUCGAGACUGCAGUUCAGGAAGGGUUUAGAUACCACCAUGCCGAGCCUGAUUACUUGAUGCUUGUAGCUUGGAUCUCUGACCUACCCGAUACCAUUCCUUCCAAUGCUUCUCAUCGUGUGGGCAUCGGUGCUUUUGUCCUCAACCCCGACGGAAAGGUGCUCGUGGUUCAGGAGACUGGUGGCCCUUUCAGAGGGACGAAUGUGUGGAAGUUACCUACCGGCGUUGUUAACCAGGGUGAGCAUAUUAUCGAUGCAGCGGUAAGGGAAGUCAGAGAAGAAACUGGUAUUGACACAGAUUUUGUGGAAAUCUUAGCAUUCAGGCAGAGCCACGGAUCGUUCCACGGGAAAUCAGAUCUGUUCUUCCUAUGCGUCUUGAAAGCCCACUCCUACGAAAUCAAGAAACAAGAAUCGGAGAUAUUGGCCGCAAAGUGGAUGCCGGUCGAGGAAUACGUGAACCAGCCCUUUGUCCAGAGGCACGAGAUGUUCAGGUACAUGGCUAACAUCUGCGUGAAGAAGAUGGAGAACGACUACACUGGUUUUUCCCCGGUUCCUACCACGACCUCGUCCGGACGCAGAAUCUACAUGUACUGCAACAGCAGUCACGCGGAUGAACUGGUGUCCCGACAAGGUGGGAGUUCUCUGUAACCAACUCUCGUAUCUUGUCAGCAAAUUACAUCAACAACAAAAAAAAAAACUCUCGUGUCUUGUUUCUCCGUAUUGUACUGUUUUAAUCCCCUUUUUUUCUUUUUGUUUGCCACGUUUGUGUAAUAUUCUGUCAUUUUCUUUUUUGUAUUUUUUUUCCCGAAUAAACGACCGUCUCAAAACGGGCAAAAUCAAAUGUUGUAAUAACUCCGGAGCCAUUGCAUGUCUGUUUGCGUGGCCAUGCAUGCAUAGGGCUUACUAUUUUUUAUAUUUC